AUGGGUGAUAGUCAUGUACAGGUGUAUGAACGCGCCCAAAUUGCCUCUUCCAAGUCGACGGCAGAUACCUUACGAUUCCAGCCCGCGAGCGAUAAAACAGUAUCUUUCAUUGACAUACUGGUUCCCGAUUCCUGGGAUUGGAGAACAAAAGGGGCAGUGACCCCAGUACGAGAAUAUGGGCCAUUGGAUGCCUUUUCCUAUGCAGCCGGAGAUUGCGUAGAGAGCUUUAACUUUAUAAAAACCCAGGACCUGGUUACAGUGAGUGUCGCCGAAAUGUACGACUGUUGCACUUACUCAGGAGUCUCUUACAAUAAUCCAUUUGAUUGUGUUCAACAAAUUGGCGGCCUUUGCGCCAAUAAGGACUAUCCCUUGAUUUAUGGACACUGCUAUAACCGCUCUUGUGACGCCGUUGCAAAGAUCUCGGGAGGACAAAAGGUACCAAUAGGCGACGAGGAGGCAAUGAAAUCGGCCGUGUACCUCACGCCUGUGCUAGCGGAAGUGGACGCGACAAGAUCGUCGUUCAAACUGUACCAGGAGGGCAUAUACAGCGACCCGCAAUGCUCCAACUCCUCCGUUAAUUAUCCAUUGCAGGUGGUUGGGUAUGGGUCCCUGAACGGCAUGGACUACUGGAUCUGCCGGAACAACUGGGGCGUCAACUGGGGUAUGCAGGGGUAUAUUUACAUAGCACGCAACAAAGGCAAUAUGUGCGGCAUUGCAAGCUUAACGUCAUACCCAGUUUAAUAUUUGUAUUAUUCUUGUGGACAAAGAAACAAAGUAGUGUUUACCUUUAUUGUAUGCUAUCUUUAUGUCAAUUAUAUUUACAACGUAUCCUGUGUAUGAAUUUAAAUUAUGCACAUUAUAAUGAAAUUGUGUUUAAUGUAAUGCCUUUUUUUACCCAAUAAUGUUGAACUUAUUGGUUGAA